UAUGUGGUUAAGACUGUUAAGUUAAGGUGCUGGAAUGUUUAUAUAAAUUAUGUUAAAAAAUUAAGGAAUGCAGAUUUUGAUGGUGGUCUAGAUUUUUUUUAAACUUAAAAUGAGCUUCCUGAAAAUAACUCGUCUGGGAAUAAUAGGAACUAGAUAUUAUUCUAGUACAUUGAAGAAUGUUCCGUCAGUUUUGGCUCUGAAAGUUCAAUCAAAUUAUGACCAUAAAAGAAGUUAUAAAAAUUUUGGACACAAACCAGAGAAAGAACCAUUGGUGUCAAAAUUAUGGUAUUCAUUUCUUCUGGUAAUGUUUAUCCUUCCUUCAAUAAACUAUAAAUGGGUAAAGCAGUUAAUUUCGGUAAAAGCUGAAAGUGAAACUAUAAAAGAAGGUAUCGAUUUAGAAAGUGAGGUAGGGGAAAGCAGCGAAGAUGAAGUUAAAAAGAAGAAACAUCGCCGAGAAAAAAUUGGUUUCCGAGACAGAAAAAUAAUCGAAUAUGAAAACCGUAUUAGACACUACUCAACUCCAGAUAAAGUUUUUCGUUAUUUUGCAACUCUACAAGUACAAGGAGCUACAGCUGACCAACAUGAAAUUUAUAUGACACCAGAUGACUUUUUAAGAUCCAUGACUCCUGGUCUGAAACAACCCGAUGGUCUAGGAUUAGAUCAGUACAAAAGAUACGACCCUAAGCACGGUUUCCAGACAGUACAACAGAAACUUGAAUUAACACUAGAUGAGGAUAGUAUUUUCUUCAAAUUGGGAAGAUCUGGACUUAUUACAUUUUCUGAUUAUAUAUUCCUCUUAACUGUUUUAUCCACUUCACGUAGACAUUUUGAGAUUGCUUUUCGAAUGUUUGAUUUGAAUGGAGAUGGAGAUGUAGACUGUGAAGAAUUUGAAAAAGUCGCAACUUUAAUCAGACAACAGACAAGUAUUGGGUCUAGGCACAGAGAUCAUGCUAAUACAGGAAAUACUUUUAAGGGUGUGAAUUCGGCUCUGACAACAUAUUUCUUUGGGCCCAGUUUAAAACAAAAACUUACUAUAGAGAAAUUUUUGGAUUUUCAAGAGAAAUUGCAAAGAGAAAUUUUAAGCUUGGAAUUUCACAGAAAAAAUCCCGAUGAAAAUGGAAAUAUAUCUGAAGCUGAUUUUACAGAACUUCUAUUAGCUUAUGCUGGAUAUCCCCAAAAGAAAAAAGCUAGAAUGCUUAAAAGAGUAAAGAAAACUUUCAGAGACCAUGGACAAGGAAUAUCUAGACAAGACUAUUUAAAUUUCUUUCAUUUUCUAAAUAAUAUUAAUGAUGUUGACACAGCAUUGACUUUCUAUCACAUUGCUGGUGCCUCAAUUGAUCAACAAACCCUAAAACAUGUAGCAAAAACAGUUGCUCAUGUCGAUCUCAGUGAUCACGUUAUACAUGUAGUUUUCACAAUUUUUGAUGAGAAUCAGGACGGUCAGCUGAGUAACAAAGAAUUUAUAGCUGUGAUGAAAAAUCGUUUACUGAGAGGUUUAGAAAAACCUAAGGAUACAGGAUUUGUCAAAUUUGUGCAAUCUAUCCUUAAAUGUGCUAAAGAAACUAAACCAGCAUUGCUAGAUAUUUAAUUUAUUUGUUGGUUGCUGUGUUAUUGAAAUUAUGUAGCUAAUAUUUAAUGUAUUUAUUUGAAAAGGAUUGUUUAAUUUUAAUUUUGAAGUGUGAUUAGAUUUAGAACAGGUACAUUUUUUUUAAAUAUAAAAAUUUUAACAAUUUACUUUUUUAAAUAUGU